GAGGAUGAGAAACGCCUGAUGACAGGCACUUUGGAAACUUCGCAUAUGGCUCCGCUCUGAUGUUGGUUGAGGACCACCUCUCAGUCCAAGGACUUGCUCGAAGUGUCUAUACUACAGCAUGAUUAGUUAAUUAGAAAAAUGUCAAGUGAUCGACUCCCGAAGGACAUCCUCUGCAGCCAAUCAGCGCUCACACAGCCGUUAUGAGUGAGUUGUGAACGCGCGGGGAGGUUCAGAGAGCAGAGCAUAUGACAGAGAUACAGUUCUAAACAGGAGAGAGCGCCGAAAUAUAUAGUACGAUUAAGCGAAUCGUAUCCUUUCUUAGCGAUUUUCUUUUUUUUUUGAGCGUAAAGUUUCAGAGAUAGGCUGCUUUAAAUAUUCUGUGAGUCUCCUGGUUCCAAAUGGGUAAAUAUCAGUUAGACUAAACUCAAAAUAUCCAAGUUAUAAUAUAACAGAAAUCAGUAAUCGCGAUUAAAACGCAUGUAUAAGCGCGUAAAACGCAGCUAUCCAAGUGUCUUCCUGCAAAACACCCUCAAAGCGUUGUAAUGGAAAAAUCAAAGAACUUCAGGAUCGACGCCCUUCUGGCUGAAGAACCACGUCGAGGGACUCGAGAAGUAUCACCUGGACUGAGCAGCGACAGCCCGACGGGCAGCCCGGUGUCCUGCAGGCGCGCCGACACCCCAUCCCCGCGCGCGACCCCCGGUGCCAUACACCUCCAAACCGGAAUCAUACCUAAACCAGGGCUGCUCAAUCUCCCACACCCAGGACUCACUUCGCUUCCAGGCAUGUACACGACACCCAUGUACCCCUUUUCAGCUCUGGGAGGUCAGCACCCUGCCAUGGCGUACUCGGGUUUUACGCAGCUGACGCAGCCGUACCAUGAGCAGCUGAAGGCGGCGGCGAUGGCCGGAUCUUUACCGCUGGAGCACUGGAUACGAGCUAGCAUCAUGGUACCACGACUGCCCGAAUACACCUGUGAGUGGAGUAGCAUUCAGAUGACCGCCCCCCAGUCCGGUUUGAUGGGGAAAUGUCGUAGACCGCGGACGGCAUUCACCAGUCAACAACUACUGGAGCUGGAAAACCAGUUUAAACUCAACAAGUACCUUUCAAGACCCAAACGCUUCGAAGUGGCCACAUCACUCAUGCUGACGGAGACACAGGUCAAGAUCUGGUUCCAGAACCGCAGAAUGAAGUGGAAACGCAGUCGUAAGGCUAAAGAACAGGCCGCGCAGGUCGAGGUGGAUCGUCAACGCGGGGGAACCAAAUCGACCAAUGAGAGAGCAGGAAGGGACAGUCGCAGGGCCAUCGCUCAGAGUGUGGAGGAGCAUGAGGAGGAGGACGAUAUUGAGGAGGAGGAUGAGGAAGACGAGGAGGAAGGGCAACACAAAUUCAUAAAUGACAACCUUGAUGUACCAGACUUUCUGCAUCACGCGUCUGCGUUAAGAUACCACCCCGACAGCCCGUUCUCAGAGGACGACAUGGAGGAGGUGGGAGGAGGCGACAGGAAGAUUGGGGCAGGGUUAUGAAAACAUAUUUAUAUGGAAACUGAACAUAAAUUCCCAGCAGCAUUACAGCCCUGUUCUGUGGUCUGACUGUGGCAACAGUAAAAUUAAAGAACAGAGACUAUAAAUGCCAAAAUAUUUAGCCACUGAAAGACACACGAAAAGCCAAUCACCAGAACUAAUUUCAUCAACAUUUGAUGGUGUUGGUAAGUACAGGAGUCAAUGUCACUCAUACAGAGUAAACAUUAAAUAUAAUAAUAAACAUUCAAGGUGUGUUCCAAAACACAGAACAGAUCCAAAUCUUUGUAGACAGCAAAGGGCAUCACAGAAUCUCUCUCUCUCUCUCUCUCUCUCUCAACACACACACACACACACUUGAUAAAGUAUGGGGUUAUUAAGAUUCUUUGAAGGAAAUUGAUACUUUUAUUCAGCAAGGAUGUAUAAAAUUAAUAAAAAAUGACAGUGAAUAGUGUUACAAAUAAUUAAUUUCUGUUCUUUUAAACUUUUACAUGUAUCAAAUAAUUUUGAAAAAAAAAAAAGAUUAUUUAACCGAUUUCAAAAUGCAAUACAAAAUAUAAUAAUAAUAAGGAAGAAAUGUUUCCUAUUCAUCAAAUCAACAUUAGAUGAAUUCUGAAGGAUCAUGUGACACUGAAGAUUGGAGUAAUGAUGCUGAAAAUUCAGCUUUGCAUCGCAGGAGUAAACAUUUUACAAUAAAUUAAAAAAAGAAAAUGGUUAUUUUAAAAUGUAAUGAUAUUUCACAAAAUUAUUGUUGUUACCGUUUUUUUUUUUUCUUUUUUUCUUUCUUUGAACAAAAGUAAUUGCAGGCUUGGUGAACACAAGAUCCAACCUUUUGAAUGGUAGUGUAUAUAUAAUUCAUUCAAUAUCAUAAAAAAUUAUAAACAGUACGGUACCUAAUGUUUGCUAUAUAGAAUAUAAUUUAGCUAAUUUAGCAAGCAACAUUCCAAUUUUAACCUCUUUUGGAAUCAAUUGUUUACAAGAGGCAUUAUUUGUGUGCCACAUGAAUAUGCUGCCUAUGUAGAGCAUUUUAAAUUAGUCACCUAAUUAUCAGAAAGCCUAUGCACAAUUUAUGAUUUAAUGCCCGAGAGCUAAGUCUUGUUUCAAGACAUAAAUGUUAAUUUAUUAUUUUUGUUCAUUGUAAAUAGAAUCAGACGUGCAGUUUUUGCAGUAAAACACUUUUGGUUUAUAAUUAUCAGCUGCAAAUAAUCCUCCACUAAACAUACAGUAACAGAAAAAAAAAAAAAAAACUUUAAAUUGUGCUGGUUUUAAGAGUGAAUAGAAAAUCUAAAUUAGCCUUCUUACUACAUUUCUGCUCUUAUUGUGCCAGAUUCAUUAGCGCACAUUAUUCCAAAGAAAUAAUGUAAGCAUCUUUUCUGAAAUCUUACAAAUUACUGUUUUACUGUAACUUAAUACAGAUUAAUAGCAAAAUAAAUAAAUAAAAUAAUAAUAAUAAUUUGACAAAAGGAUCUGAAAUAGAUGCAUUUCCCAGGAGAUUCUCUAGAGGGUGCUUGACCUUCCGCUUCCAUGUCCAGGUCAGAAAGUUGGUGGUCAUUGUGUUUCAGGCAGCUGAUAGUCCUCCACAAUCCACAGCAAACUUCAUUGUGGUAUGAAACAUGCACUUUUCAUAAUUCAAUCAAUUCCUAAAACUACAAGGAUAAACUCAUUAUAGUCCACCAAAGCGUCAAACCAGAACAACUAUAAGGCAUUAUAUAAGCUUGAAAUACAUUGUUUUAGAAUUCAUUUAUCAUAUUUUUGUUUUGUUGAAAGGUACAAUGUGCAUACACAUAAAUAUUUAUGUGCAUUUUUUUUAACCUUCUCUCCACCUCUCAUAUGCAUCAUUUACUUGUGUGAUGGAAAAGAGCUGGAGGCAUGUAUAUUUCUAUAUGUCAUGGUUACAUUCAUGUGUGGCUCAAUGUUUGUUCUCUUUAAUGUUAUUUAAGAAAGUCUAAGUCUGUAAUUUAUUUCCAUUGAAAGAUGCAAGGGAGGUGUUACACUGCUAUAUCAAUGUUAUAUUUGUUGCUGUAAAUAGCUGCAAAUAAAUGAAAUGAAAAACAAAACUGUGGAAAUGAUUGUGUUAAAAAUUUGAAUAAAGCUUGCUUUCAGAUGUAGAUA